UCUCAAACCUUCCACACAUUCAAAAACCUUCUUUCUCUUCUCCUGCCUUGAUCAACAACCUACAUAUAACGUAUUCAUGGCCACCCCAUUCCAACAAGUUUCCUCCGCUCUCGAGCUUAUCAAGCUUCACUUGCUCGGUGACCUCUCUCCCCUCGGGACCCCUGCUUCUGCUUCUGCUUCCCACUCUCACUCUCAAUCCCUCUCCGACUCUCUCUGUUCCCGAACUUCAAGUUCCGCCUCUUCCAUGGCCAUCCCAGAUCCUUUCAGCACCUCCGACGACCUCUUCGACUUCGACUUCACCUUCCCCACCGAUCUCUUCCAAUUCCAAGUGAACCCAGAGAUCAUCGACCUCACUACGCCCAAAUCCGUCUCCCAAAGCUUCUUCGAAUUUGAAGCCAAGUCUGAUCCUUCAGUGGAUCUCACUUCGACCUCCCAAUCCAACAGCAACUCCUUCAAAUUCGAGUCGGGGUCUCCAACGAUUCAGAAACCCGCGCUGAAGAUCUCACUCCCGAGCAAAAGCAAAACAGAGUGGAUACAAUUCGGGAACCAGAAUGCCCAACCUCAACCUUCGCUGUCCGUUCCGGAAAACCCAAGUGUGGAAGUGAAAAGGCACUACAGAGGGGUCCGACGAAGGCCGUGGGGCAAGUACGCGGCAGAGAUCCGAGAUCCCAACCGUCGCGGCUCGCGCGUGUGGCUGGGGACCUUCGACACGGCUAUAGAAGCCGCCAAGGCCUACGACCGAGCCGCGUUCAAGCUCCGCGGCUCGAAAGCCAUCCUCAACUUCCCACUCGAAGCCGGGAAGUCGGGAACGGGCUCCGCGUCCGGCGAGAGAAAACGGCGCCGUGAGGAGGAUGAAGCAACGAAGGAGAUGGUGGUGGUGGUGAAGAAGGAGAGGUCGAGGGAGUACUCUCAGCAGGGCACGCGUAGUUGUACGAGGGAUAUGCCGUUGACGCCGUCUAGUUGGACGUCGGUGUGGGACGGUGAUGUUAAAAGCGUUUUCAACGUCCCUCCGUUGUCUCCGUUGUCCCCUCACCCGGCAUUAGCUUUUACACAACUUAUGGUUGUAUGAUUUCUAGUGGAUAACAAGAGUUAUCUAAUUCCUUUUUGGUUUGGCAUUUUUAUUGUAUAUAUUUUGUAAGUACAUUCAUAUUUGGUAUGCAAUUCAUACAUGUAGAACUCACUCUACAAGUAUAUAUGAAACCAACACCAAAUAUUAAUUAUUAUUUUUUAUGUAUGGAAGUAAUUUUUAUAAAUAACACGUCUUUGUAUUUUUUA